CACAUGCACACACAUACACACACGCUUACGCGUGCACAGCAGUCCGGCGGGAAAGGCGCGCGCAGCAGCUGUAUGAAAGUGGAGCGCAUGGAGCGCGCGCUGGCACUCUAACGGAGCGGACCGAGGGUGCGAAAACUCUCUGCACGGUGCAGGUUGUACGGUGGGAUACCGGGAGUGCAUGCAGAGAUGCAGGCGCGCAGGGCUCGAGCGUCCUUCCUUGGGCUUUCUUGCCUGGUCAGUCUAAUUGUGGCAGAGUUCCUUGGCGGAUGCGUCGCGUUCAAUUUGGAUUCGGAAAAGCCCGCAGUGUACAGUGGACCACCUGGAAGCUACUUUGGAUAUUCCGUGGACUUUUACCAUCCGUCUCAGGAUAGGAGCGCUGUAUCAGUGCUGGUCGGGGCCCCCAAAUCAAACACCACCCAACCUGGGAUUGUAGAAGGUGGUGCGGUUUAUUACUGCUCCUGGCCCCCAUCUGAGCAGGACUCAUGCCGCGAGAUCCCUUUCGAUAAAGCAAAUAACAGGAUGCUUAAGGUGAAUGGGACACGAGAGCCGUUGGAAUUCAAAUCCUACCAGUGGUUUGGAGCAAGUGUCCGAACACACAGGGGAAAAGUAGUGGCCUGUGCUCCUCUGUAUCACUGGCGAACAUUGAAGAUCAAUGGUGAGAUGGAUCCAGUGGGCACUUGUUAUGUUGCUGUACAGAACUUCAGUGCCUAUGCAGAGUACUCACCUUGCAGAACAAAUAAUCCAGACCCUGAAGGACAGGGCUUCUGUCAGGCCGGCUUCAGUGUGGACUUCACUAAGGAUGGGACAUUAGUACUAGGAGGUCCAGGAAGCUUCUACUGGCAAGGUCAAGUGGUCACUGCGGGAGUAGCGGAAAUCUUAAACGGCUACUCCAUGAAGGCAAUUUUCCGAAAAGUGCAUGGAGAGAAACAGACAGCAGCCGUCUCAGACUUCUAUGAUGACAGUUACCUGGGAUACUCUGUAGCUGUGGGAGAGUUCACCGGUGAUUCACAACAAGAGUUGGUAGCGGGAGUUCCACGAGGAGCACAGAACUUCGGCUAUGUUGCUGUGAUAAACUCCACAAAUCUCACCCUCAUUCAGAAUUUCACUGGCGAGCAGAUGGCUUCAUAUUUUGGAUACACUGUGGCAGUGACUGAUAUUAAUGGCGAUGGGUUGGAUGAUGUUCUGGUAGGAGCGCCUUUGUAUAUGGACCGGGAGUUUGAGAGUAAGCCACGAGAGGUCGGCCGGGUUUACCUUUACUUACAGGAAGACACACUACUCUUCUCACCUCCCAUAACACUCACUGGGGUACACCUGUUUGGACGCUAUGGUAGCACCAUUGCUCCUCUUGGAGACAUCAAUAAGGACGGUUACCUGGAUGUGGCAGUAGGAGCUCCAUUUGCUGGCGAGGACCGCAGCGGUUGUGUGUUUAUCUAUAACGGCGAGAGGUCUGGCUUAAGAUUGAAGGCCUCGCAGGUGCUCAAAGGAUCCUGGGCGACGACUGGAAUCCCGGCGGGCUUUGGGUUUACGCUGCGUGGGGACUCAGACUUGGAUAACAACCAGUACCCCGAUCUAAUUGUUGGUGCUUUUGGAGCUGACAAAGUGGCAGUGUACAGAGCAAGGCCUGUGGUUUCAGUGGACGCUCAGCUCAUCCUGACUCCCAAAAUCCUCAACCCGGAGAACAAGACGUGCCCCAUGCCCAACUCUAAAAUCAUGGUUCCCUGCCUGAGAGUCGACAUCUGCGCAAAAGUGUCUGGUAUUGGAAUCCCAGAUAGUGUUGCCCUGAACAUGGAGCUGCAGCUGGACACUAUGAAGCAACGAGGUGCUGUGAAGCGGGUUAUGUUCCUCGAAUCAAAUCAGCACUAUCGCUCGCUGAAGAUACUCCUGGGUCGGCGAGAUCGCCACCGGUGCCUCAAUCACACUAUCUACUUGCGGGAUGAGACUGAAUUUAGAGAUAAGUUGACUCCCAUCAGUGUAACUCUAAACUACAGUCUUGAUCAGAUGGUUCCUUUACCUGGCCUCCAGCUACGACCCAUACUGGACCAUUACAGAAUGACCUUGCACCGUGAACAGGCGAACAUCUUGUUGGACUGUGGAGAGGACAACAUGUGUAUUCCAGAUCUUGAGCUCUCUGCUAAAAUGGACCGGACAGAGCUGGCGAUCGGUGAUGAAAACCCACUAAUGCUUACUAUCAUGGCAGCCAAUCAUGGAGAAGGAGCAUAUGAGGCGGAGCUUGUGGUGCGUCUCCCACCAGAGGCAGACUACAACGGCAUGGAGCGUCGACGGGAGGACCUUCAGAUUCUGAAUUGUGAGCACAGGAUGGAAAACGACAGCCAGUUGGUUGUGUGUGAAUUAGGAAACCCGAUGGUGGCUGGAGCAAAUGUCUCUAUCGGUUUGCGAUUCUCAAUCCAGAGGUUAGAAGACGCUGAAGCCCACAUCGGCUUUCAGCUGCAGAUACAAAGCACUAAUAAAGAUAAUCCGAAGAGUAAUUCUGUGAAUUUAAAUCUCAAUAUCAUCGCACGAGCACAGGUGGACAUCAGAGGUGUCUCUCUCCCAGCUCAAGUAGUUCUUCCUUUUCCUCACUGGGAGCCUAAAGAGAAUCCAGUCAGAGAGGACGAUAUCGGGCCUCAGAUCCAGCAUAUCUACGAGCUUUAUAAUAAAGGUCCGAGUGCUAUAAGUGGCACAAUUAUGAAGGUGGGAUGGCCCAGUCGUCAUCGAGAGGAGCAUUUGCUCUAUGCCAUGGAGAUCAUCACUGACGGACCGAUUCAGUGUCACAUAAACGGCUCGCUUAACCCGCUGGAACUUGAGACGUCCACUUUGCAAGAUACACCAGAGCUGCUUGGUUUUCUGCGCAACAGCAGCGUGCCGACUCGUCGCAGGAGAUCUGUUACUACCACACAGAGCUACAGCAGCAAAACACUGAAUUGCUCUAAUAUUCAUUGCCUGAUGCUGGAGUGCACUGUGGGCCGUUUAGACCAAGGACAGAGUGCAGUGGUCAAAGUGCGGUCAAGACUCUGGGCUCACACCUUCCUACAGAGGCGGAAUGACCACUACCUCGUCAACUCUACCGUGUACUUCAGAGUAACAGGAAUGCCGUACCGCAUCAAACCGCAUUCCCUGCCUCACCAGAGUAACUCGAUCGGUACAUAUGUGGUAUGGGCGAUUCCUGAUCUAUCCUUUGCCAUUCCUCUGUGGGUGAUUAUUCUGGCCAUCCUUCUGGGACUGCUUGUGCUCGCCAUUCUAACCCUGGUUAUGUGGAAGUGUGGCUUUUUCGAUCGAGCACGGCCACCGAAAGACGAUGACGUGUCGGACCGGGAGCAGCUUACGUCCGAGAAAUCGACAGAACAAUAAAAGAAAGAGAGAACAUUGAGUCGAAAAGAAGAACGUGAAAGAAAUAGCCAUGAAGACGGUAAAUGAGCUUUAAUAAAAGGAUUCGAGGGGGGAAAUUUUCGAGCACCACAUCGAGCCCUCGGCUCCCAUGCUGCACUGGGAUCUGUGAUUUGCAUCACGCUGUCGUUCAUGGACAAACUCCACUCGAAUCAGGCAGAGCGAAUGGGUUUUUAGAUCUGAGGUGCCUUUUCUCAGAACCCCACUUUUAGGGCUACGAAAAGAGCACAGCACAGCGAGAGAGAAAUCCGGAUUCUUGGUUUAUAAACACUGACAACAAAGAUCACACCGAACAAGAAGCCGAACAAGGCACGCUAGGAUUUCUUUUCAAAGCACAGCUCACUUUGCCUUAAAUGAAUUGUAACACUGCUGUGAGUUUUGACGAGCUGUACGAUUUUCCGAGCCUUAUUUCCAACUGAUUUAGCAGGUUUUAUCAUCUUCUUUUAUCAUCAUCUUUGAGUGCCUCUAACCCCACCCAGAUACAAACACACACACACACGUUAUUCCUGUAAAUGAUAAAACACAUCAUCCCAAUAACAACACUGAAAACCAUGGAAUAUUGAAAAGAAAAUUCUAACUUAAAACCCACGCACCUCCAAAUCUCAACUCAGCAUCUAUCUGUCUAUCUGUCUGUCUGUCUGUCUGUCUGUCUGUCUGUCUAUCCAUCUAGCCACACUGUAUUGCCAAAAGUUUGCGGACGCCUAGUCAUAACUAUGUUACAGUAUCUGUUUUUUGAGCAUCACGUUCCACAUUUAGUCCCAGUUUGCGCAAAUAAUUCCCUCCACUCUUCUGGGAAGAUGUUCCACUAGAUUUUGGAGUGUGCUUACGGAUAUUUGUGUUCAUCAGCCACAAGGGUAUUA